AUGAACUUCCAGUCGCGCUUAUCCACAAAUACCGUCCACGAUCUCUUCUUCGCCGCUGCCUUCAACAACUUCAACUUCAUCGUCAACACGGAGAAGACGGUGGUUAAGCAUCAACCGCCAGCCAACGUUACCGACUAUGCGCCUCACAUCAGUGAGAACAUUAUCUUACUACAUCACCACUGCAAGAACCGAACUCGCAGAAGGACUUGGGAAUAUGCACUACGUCUUCGCUCAAAACCUCGCUGCACUGUACGCAGAUAGCCAAGUCGGCAAUUUCAGUUCUCCCCCUUGUCAAGCUGGCUUUUUCUGCCCUUGGUGAAGAUUACUUCGCUUCAGUCUUCGAACGUUUGUGCAGCCACGAUUGGAUUUCGCAAUCCAAGUUCGAAGACCCUGGACCGCGAAGGACCUCAGCAUCAUCAAAAGGGUUUAGUGGCGUGCAAAUAAACGGGUGGCAUGACGUGGUUUACUAUCGUAUGCAAAACGGUUAACUACCCUUAAUCUCUUUCCCUUGAGUUACAGGCAGUUAAGAGGUGACCUGAUACAAACCCUACGCGGUCAGGACUGCAGCCUCGUACCGGGGACUUCUGCGAGUUAGCAACCACCGCAAACCUACGAGGUCAUCCAUUCAAACUACGUGUGACCGGGGCCAGACUGGAAACACGGAAGUUCUUCUUUUCGAACUGUGUGCGUAAAGAUUGGAACGCCCUGCCUCCGGUUGUCUUAGUGUCUGCUUCCGUCGAGGUCUUUAAGAAGAAACUGAAUUUGUAUUACAACGACCACUAACUUACCACCGACCUCUGCAACCCUGACAUAUCCCGUUGUUACAAUACUACUGCUAUAUUUCAGCAACGUUUAAAUUGAAUUUCUUAUUGUCACCAGCCCAUCGCCAACGCGUACUGACAUGCAUCUAUGCAACUUUUGUCACUGGGUGUAUUAUUUAUUUCCCUGCACUCAAAACGACCGCUGUACUACUGCUCGUGCCACUAACAAUCUAGACAGUCCGUCUGUCUGUACAGAGUUUCCGAUUAUUUUUCCGAUUAUUUGUUGCCUUUAUGAUAACUUUUCCAGUUUUUGAGAUUUUUCAGUUGCCUGUAAACAAGUCGGGGGUUUAAAGGCGAAGACCUACAUUUCCUCAAUAAAAAUGAACUGAAUUGACUCAUCACAACUAUGAAGGAAUGCACUGAUCGAAUUCUGGAUACUGUUAGCCACCCACUUCAUCUUUAACUAAUUGCUAUAAAGUCUCUCCGCUCCUUGCGUCGAGUCUUCGGGCAUAUCGCUUAGUGGACUUCAGCUUAUUGCGCUUACGUACUGCCAUAUUCGGCACGUUAUAAUGCAUGUAAAGAGACCGGAAUACACAAACUGAGAAUCAAACUGUCGUCGUAAUAUUUGUAUAGUUUUAAUACAGGCCAGGUUGCGUCGUGGUACGCAUAUGCUCGGAUUCACGCCGUGUUGGCCACCCGCUCCCGGUCUUUUUGACUCCGUCCUGAGCUCGAGCUCAGGAGAGGUUCAGAAGAUAUCGCCGGAAACGACUUUCGAGCUGCCAAUUAUUCCCGACACAAGGCCUGAGUGUGAUUGAUAUAAAAUAAUUCAAUACAUCACAUGAUUGGACCUAUAGAUAUUACUACUACUACUACUACUACUACUACUACUACUACUACUACUACUACUACUACUACUACUAUUACUAAUAGUUCUAUCGUUUAUGACAUUUUUUUAUUUUUUCUGUCAAUCUUACCGUAGAUAAUAAAACCCCGGUCACGCACGGCAGUAAAAAUAAUUCAAAUGAACCAUCGAGUGUUUAUUGCUACAUUAAGAACGCCAUGACAGGCUGAGAACCGUUCAGUGAAAAGAACAGACUGAUACUGUUACCACAGUACUUGAGAGUCUCCACCGUAUCUACUUCUUCACUGAGGCUCGAGAUGCAACAUUGAUCGGAACAAGCUUUUUGUGCUGCCUAGUUGGAGAGUAGAUAUUGUCUGUCUUCAAAUAUGUGGAGAGAACGUAGCCUGGAAAAAAGAACAAAUGAUGCUAAGAUUUGACUAUUAGUAUUAAGUAGAGGUAUUACUAUCGGAAUCACUGUCACCGAAAUUUAAUUAAUCCAUUACAAACAGACAUUUACGUGCGAUACGAAUGCUGCUUUACUUACUCCUAGAAUGCGUGGGAAGGUUAGGUGUAUUACUUCUCAUAGUUGACAAAAGGAACACUAAAAUGACCUUUUUCGGCUUAUUUGUCAUUGGAGACAGUGAUAACACAACUCAAAAGUACACUCUCAAGGUUCAGACUCCAGUCAGUUGAUGUCGAUCAGCAGUUCCGCCACUCGAACUCGCAAACGUUUAUCAUAUGGACAUUGAUCUAUCCUGAUUGCAGACCUGCGCCGCGGUGUUGAAAUCGGUAAGGGCAGAUAAGACAGGAAUAGCAUUUGGGGUUUCUCUCCCUUUUUCUGUGAAUACAUCUACACUCGUGAGUAGUAACCAUCUGCAGCCACCUCCGUGGCCCAUGGACCUUUAGCUUCAAGGUAAUGUGAAAAUUCUCAUUCUCGCCCUACAGUUAGGACAAAUCAAAUCAUGUUAACAUCACUUCAGCAGGCCAUUAAUUUGUAAUUGCGACUUUUAACGGGUUUACAAUCAAACAAUGGCACUCCAUCCAAACGCAUCAUACAUGAUUAUAUUUAAACGGAAGGAACUUACGUGACCUUCCUCCAACGCGAACGCUCGCUAAAAGAGGAAAAACUACUGAGAUUCAAAACGUAGACUUAUUAGUUCCUUCCGAAAAUUAAUGAACGGUCAAUAAAUUCCGGGCGAUUCUGGUGCGCAUCUUUUUUAAAAAAGACGUACUUUGUUAUGCAUUAUGAGAGAUUGUGUACCCGCAAAUUGAACCCCGAGUUAGUUGAGCGCCAGGCAGUCCCGCCUUUUUCGUCAAAAUUUUGCCAAAAAUAGCUUAAUUCAUAUAAACGUCUUGGAUGCAAGCGCAGAUCACGAGAAAGGAAUUAUUCACAUUAAAAACCAGCCGAUUGGGCCGGGGGAGUUGGUGGGGCUUUUCAACUACAGGCCGGGAAUCAACGAUAUUUUAAUGCACACAUUUCCUUAAGAUCUAGAUCGACACUUCUCGUUUAUAGACGCAUGCCAUGAGUUGUUGCGGACAGUGCCUUAUGCCCUCUGUGGAGGAUUUUUUAAAUCAUUGCCUUACCGUAUUAUUCAAGGAUUAAGAUUAUCAGGCGCUCAUUGUUCAGGCAAUUCACCUGAUAUCCAAGCGUAGAAUGCAAUGUAGCGAAUAGUUAAGUGAGUUACGUCGCUCAAGUCUCUCUCCAUGUUCAAGAAAAUCACGGAGGUGUUUCAGUAGUUUCAAACGGAUUUCUUUCUUCCAUCGAAAAGGAAGAUAAUCUUGGUCUCGUUUCAUGUACUUUGACAUCUUCUAAAAUAAAGCAUUAGAUUUUACAAUAUGAAGCUUUAAAAAAGAUGGCGGAGAGGUCGACCUUCAGGGUCACCUCGCGUUUGCUUGAAUUUACAGGCUCCAUCAACAGCCCGCCAUUGUGGUCAUCAAAAAGCAUUUGGGAUGCCUUACUUUUCUGCGUAUCAAGAAAUAAUAGAAAGAAAAUGUCCACCAGAACUGAUGUAAUUUCUCGUGCUUCAAACAUAUUUCCGAGUUCACAGAACAGCUUCACACAGAAUUCGGCAUCGCAAUUGCCCACUGACCAGACAUCACUUUAACACCAGCCUUGCGGAGCAAGGACCAAAUGAAGACAGGCAUGCAGUUGGUUUUGCAGACCGUUUUUCAUGGAUUCCCGUACUUACGAAUAGCGCGGUCAAAGGCUACCUGGCCAGUGGGCUGACUGAUGUUUUUAAACCAUCCGGGAAACUGGUGAGGAACUCCGACUUGCGGCAACACGCCAGAGGUGACAAAAAAAACAAGUUCCGGGCUUUUCGGGUGAUGUACUGCAGAAUAUCGUCAAAUCAAACGUCAUAUCGCUGUGUCUGUCGCCCAUCAAAUAUCAUUAUGAUACUAAGGACCGAAAUCACAUCCAGCGCGCCCGUCCUCAAGCCUCACCAAUUAUGCUCGUUUUGAUGAGUUUUUGUCCAUUAUGUCUAUAACAUUGUGCUGCAUUUAAUAUCGUCAAGAGUCUAAAGAACUGCCCAAGUGAUGGACAAUGACGAACUCCUACUCGUGAUUUUACCAAUAUUUUAGAAACAUUUGCAGUCGCAGUAAGGAGCGAUAGUCCAAUCAACGGGUCUUUGUAAACUAUCCAGCGAUACUGCUUUCUACUUGAGGUUUUCGAACUCACGUUCAUUGUCAAGAGUAGAAACUAGCUUUCACCCAACUCGAGAAAUCCGCUUUAGAGAUCAAUGAGAAAUCUCGAGCGCCGGAAGAGUUGGCCGUCCAGUUCGCAUCUUUGGAUGUAGACAAAUGGCAGAUUUUCCAUUCGCUGAAGGUUCAAUAACACAGGAAGAUCAGACGUCAUGUUGCCAAAUGUAAGUUGGUCUUCCUCAAAUUCUGAUUAAACAAAUGGGACUGCGUCUGAGGCUAAGAAGGAGGUGUUCGAGGAGUUUCAACCGGAUUUUUUUCUUCUAUAGAAAAAGGAAAAUACUGUUCGCCUUGUUUCAUAUACUUUGAUAUCUACUAAAAUAAACUAUUACAUUUAACAAAAUGAAGUUAUGCUAAAAAUAUGGCGAAGAGAUGGAACUUCAGAGUCACCUCGCCUUUGCCUGAAUUUACAGGCUCCAUCAGCAGCCCGCCAUCGUGGUCAUCAAAAAGCAUUUGUGAUGCCUUACUUUUCUGCUUAUCAGAAAAUAAUAGAAAGAAAAUGUCCACCAGGACUAAUGUAAUUUCUGGUGCUUCAAACAUAUUUCCGAGUUCACAGAUCAGCUUCACACAGAAUUUGGCAUCGCAAUUGCCCACUGACCAGACAUCACUUUAACACCAGCCUUGCGGAGCAAGGACCAAAUGAAGACAGGCAUGCAGUUUGUCUAUCAGGCUCUUUUCGCGAAUUCCCGUACAAAUGCACAGGCUGGUCAGUGGGAUGACUGAUGCUUCUAGACCAUCCGGGAAACUGCUGGGGAACUCUGACUCACAGCAACAAGCCAGGAGCGGCAACAAAACAAGUUUCGAGCGGUUUGGGGGAUGUACUGCAGAAUACCGUUAAAUCGAACGCUAUAUUCCUCUACAUUUCGUCCAUCAAAUAUCAUUGUGAUACUAAGGAAUAUAGCGGCAGCCUCUUGGACCGAAAUCCUAUCCAGUGCACCCGUUCUGAAACCUCACCAAUUAUGCUCACUUUGAGGGUUUUUCUCUAUUAUGUCUGUAAACAUUUGCUGCAUUUCAAAUCGACAAGAGUCUAAAGAUCUGCCUGAGUGUUAGACAAUGACGAACUCCAACUCGUGAUUUUAUCAAAAUCCUAGUAACGUUUGUAAUCACAGUUGGGAACGAUUGUCCCUUCAACGGGUCUUCUUAAGUUAUCCAGCGAUACUGAUUUCUACUUGAGGUUUUCGAACUCGCGUUCAUUGUCCAGAGUAGGAACCAACUGUCACCCAACUCGAGAAGUCCGCUGUAGACGUCAAUUAGCAAUCUCAGGCGCCGGAAGAGAUGGCCGUCCAAUUCGCUUCUUUGGAUGUAGACAAAUGGCAGAUUUUCCAUUCGCUGAAGGUUCAAUAACACAGGAAGUUCAGACUUCACGUUGUCAAUUGUAAGUUAGUCUUCUACAAAUUCUGAUUAAACAAAUGGGACUACAUAAUGAGGCAACUCGGUGAGGGGACUUCGUCUAAAAAUAGUCAGCCGGGUUUCUGUAAUCCGAGUGGCGAGGAGAAAAGCGGAAGUGGGAGUGAUGACGCAUAUGUAGAUUUAUCAGUUAUUUCUGGCUUAUUUACCUAGACCCCAACAAAUUCAUGAAAUUGUCUUCCCAAAAGAGUCAAGGGUUGGAAGCGGAUAUAAGAACCUCGUACUACGGGCGGACAUGUGUUGACAUCCCACCAUUUCCCAUUCGCGUGCCCUUAAUUUAAGCCCUAAUCUAACUCCAACGUUAACUCGACUAUGCCCUUAACCUAACCCCUUGGGAUUAAUGAAAGGUCACCUGUAAUACGAGAUGGACUUAUUCCAGUGCUGCACAGGGUCGGUAUUUCUGACCCUUAUACCGACCUGCGGCGUAAACGACGGUUAGCAGCUGAUAUUUUGACGUGACUGAAGCAUGCUGAGAUUACGCUGCAUAGUAGUUAAUAGUGCAAUCCCAAAAAAGCAAUCCUUUUUAACUGGUAUCACAUUUCAGAAUGUCAUAUGUCCUGUAACCCAGUAUAUCUUUUUUAGUUUGCAGAGGUUGUCAAAUGUAUGUUAGUCUUCUGCAAAUUCUGAUUUAAGAAAUAAUAAAAAUUGCAUAAAGAGUCAACUCGGUGUGGAUACUUAGUUGGUCGAUAGCCAGUCGAUCCCUGCAACUCGUGUAGGGCCGAGAAAAAAAGGAGAGCGGAAGGGAUGAUGCGCCGACGAGUAGACACUGGGAUGAGGACGGGGGGCCUUGCAGUAAAUUUCAGAAGAGUACCUAUUCCCGCACCUCAAAUUCAAACUUGAGUCCCAUUCUCCAAACCUGAGCCGACCGCCAUCACUUGCCCUGGUGCUUUGGGAUUAAGCACAAGGCUGCCCGUAAUAUGGGUCGGUUUUUCCGACUCCAAUGCCAUCCUAUGUCCGAAGGGUGUGCAAUCUGUCGAAUUGUUUACAAGUUGUGGACCAUCUGAAGCUUUGGUUUGAUGCGUGGGCAUGGAACGCUUGAUAAGACAGCCAGAUAUGGCACCAGGACGCAAUUUCUCCGGUAGUAUCUUGUCAAGAUUCAUAGAUAAAAGUUUGACAAGACCAUUCAGUGACUUAUCUUUUUGCAUAAUUUGGUAAACUCUGAAAAAUGGGAUUAAAUCUACUUCUCACUGGUUCAUUACCCAUGACAUCCUAUCGCGAGUGCUUAGAUUUGAUGGGACCGCGACAGGUCUUCCAUAAAAAUUAUUAUUAUUUUCACAAACGACUUAAUCGAAAUUCAUCAACUCAGCAUGGAAGGCAGAAAACACAGAUGAAAGUCUCAAAGUCUCAACAGAGCGAGAGGGGCUGAUCAGUGGACCGGUAAGUUAACUAGACUAUUUUGCCAUUUUGCCCUGGAUAAUUCAUGAAACUGUUGGCCUUAAGAACUCCGUUACGUAGCUGCUUCGGGUAGCUAAAAUUAUCCUGGGCAUUACAAAUGGACACUGUUGGUCAUUGACACAAAAGUUAACAUAGGGCGCCUCAAUUAGUACGACCCUAACCCUUCAAUCGGAAACCAUUAACCGGUACCCUAAUCCUAACCUUAACCGUAAAACGGAAGCCAAAUGGGUCAGAUUGAAUUAUGGAACCCCACUAAAUAGCCCCAUUAAACAAACCCACCAGCCACCUCUAAUACGGGGCUUGGCUACCAACUGCGAUCUAGCCGGAAAUUCCUCCUGUAGUAUCUUCUCAAGUUUCAUAAAUAAAGGUAGGACCGGACCAUUCUGUGACUUUGCUUGUUGUAUUUAUUUUGCAAAAGCUAUAAAGGAAUGUGAUUAAAGUUACAUCUUACUGGUUCAUUACGCAUGACAUCCUAUCGCGUAGUGCUUAGAUUUCCAUUUUAGACUGAAUCGAAAUUCAUCAACGCAACACGGAGAGCAGAAAAAACAGAUAAAAUUCUGAGACAAAGUCUUAACAGAGCGAGAAGGACUGGUUAGUGGACCGGGAAGUAAACUCGACCAUUUUGCUAUUUCGCCCUUGAUGAUUCAGUAAACUGUUAGCCUUAAGAACUCCGUCUUAUAACUGCCUCGGGUAGCUAAAAUUAUCUGGAGAUUAUAAAUGGGCACCCUGAUCUAACACCAACAUUAACUCUACUAGGCCCAACGCCAUCCCUUAACCUAACCCCCUGGAACAAGCCGCAGGGUCAUUUGUAAUACGAGAGUGACUUAUUCCCGUGCUCCACGGGGUCGGUUUUCCCCACCUUGUGCCGGAAACGGCGGUCGGCAGCCGACAUUGGCCAGAAUAUGUUGGAAAAGGAGUCGUUCGCGGCCAAAAUGAGUGAUUACGCUGGUUGAAAAUGUAAAAAUCUCCGUUCAGUGCGACAUGAGAUAUGUAUUCACUCACCCGGUUUAGUCUUGUCCCACCUGUCCGUUUUCUGUUCAUCACCUGCAUCUGGGUUAUUCUGCAGAGUGAUUUCUGUUUAACGGGGUAGGCUACGAAGAGGGCGUUGAAGAGAAGGAUGCAAAACCAGAGUAUCCAGGCCAUCAACAGGGGCAGCAGAGGCACUGGUGGUAGUACAAUAUCAUCGUCCAUUUGGAUGGUAUCGUGGUCUGCAAGGGAUGAUGAUGAAAGAUGGACAUCGGGUUGACGGAAACCAUUUAUCUAGUAAAGGCGUGCCUUCAAUCUAUACAGCAGGUAUACUAACUCAUGAAAUAUUAACCGAAAUUCCGAUUUGCGUUGUGGUUUCCAAUAGAACGCUUAAGAAGUGUUUUAAAACUAAUCAUUCUUCUAUAUAACUCUAUAAUAAUUUGCUCGAUAUUUCGGCAUUCAAACGAACCUAUUCCCGGCCGUAUGCAAACACCUAACUCAUAAAAAUGACUACCUAAAUAGCAUGAGAAUUUUCCAUUGAUUUUCGAGCCCGUUAGAUUCGCAAUUACAUUUCGUUGACAACCUGCAUAAAAAUAUUCAUUCUUUUACUUACUUGAGAGAAAAUUACGUUUUCUUACAAUUUAAUACUCGAAGCAUGGGAUGAUUCGGUUUUCGAACAGUUUCUAAAUGUGAUAUUUAUCGAUACCGUGAAAUGUCCGCUCAUAAAACAUUAUGUCUCUGCAUUCGCUAGUGUGGCUUGUAGCGAUUAAAAUACGGCUCAUAUCCACUGCUAAAUUUUAUGAACCCAAUAUAGUCUCCCCUUAUUACCGUAGAGAAGUGUCAACUGAGGCUCCCGGUCUUCCCUUACGAACCUAAGCCUUCUAUCGUUAUUCGUCGUUAUUGGAAAUUGGAUUUCUUGCAGUUCCUCCAUCAUCAGUGUAUUGCAUUCAUCCGCUAGUCCAUGCUGCGCCGUGUAGAAUCGCACUGUCUCUAUAUCCCUCCCCCAGACACCUCGAACCACAAAUGCAAUCAUUAACACCCUCAACGCUGACGCUCUGACUUCUGACCCCCUGCAGCACGAAUGACCACUUAUUCUACAGUCUACAGUCCCAGUUAAUUACCACCCCCUGGCCCGCCGACACAGGGAGCCGCAACAAUUCGUCCCCACCCCAAAUGCUUGCGCAGUCAUGUGCCCACCCCUCUCACACAUUGGUUGCCCAUCUGUCAGCGUCCGUAUUGUCGCGCCAACCAGUUUAGUCUAACCAUUUACUUUCUCCUCUGAGGAGGGUUGGAGUCACCAACUAGAAAAUUCACCAAUACAACUAGAUCUUUCCAGACGAGCUUUCACCCAUCACCAUAUCAUUUCAGACUGGAAUCCCAUCCGAUCGCCAGGAGCACCGGCUGCUUCUGAGUGCUAGAGUGGCAGUACCGAUAUAAAGUCAGGAAUUUGAAGCCAUAUGCAUAUGGAAAGCACUGCCUUGCUGCUGAGCUCGACGACGGAAUUUUGCAGUUCGAUUCCAGUCGGACUGCAGAAGAUUGAGUGCACAGCCUACGGUGAUGAAGAGUACGGUAUACCUGAGUCGUCUCAUGUUUUAGAAAUUAACCUCCUUAGUAAAUGCCAGUGGCCGGCAUCACUGACUGCUGCUUACACGCUUGCAUGUUAACUAAGGCAAACGAGGGUAGAUAACGCAAGACCUUGUCUCACUUUAAAGUAGUCCUUUACGUCUAAAAUCAACUAUGGCAACGAUGUUGUCUGGUUUUAAUACGGAAUGGCUAUGUUGCAGUGCAAUUCAAGCCACAAUUCUCAGAGUUGAUGGCAUUAUGAAAAAAGCACUAAACCAUAAGUGUUGAACAAGGUAGUUAAUCAACCUGAUCAUCAGCAAAUGUGAGCAGUUUCUUUAAUGUAUCUUAGUAGAACUCAAUAUGUACCAUACAUACACUUCAGGUGUUUUAGAAAUGCCCUCUGGAACGCUGCACCUAGGAUAUCUUAUGCAAAAAAGCCAAAGGCUGGAAGUAGUUUUCUAUCGGAUAAAAGUUACUGUCGGCUCUGGUCUACUGACUUUUGGUAACAUGCCUUCCACACUACGAUCCCAUCCCUGAGGACGAGGAUACUGCACUACCAGCGUCCAUUCUGCUCCUCAACUUUCACUUCCCUGGAAUUUUGUGCAACGACACCUGCAAACUAGCACUCAGAAGCGGCCGGUGCUCCUGGCGAUCGGAUGGGAUUCCAGUCUGAAAUGAUAUGGUGAAGGGUGAACGCUCGUCUGGGAAGAUCUAGUUCUAUUCGUGAACUUUAGAGUUGGCGACACCAACCCUCCUUAGAGGAGAGAGUAAAUGGUCAGACAAAACUGGUUGGCGCGACAAUACGGACGCUGACAGAUGGGCAACCAAUGUGUGAGAGGGGUGGGCACAUGACUGCGCUAGCAUUUGGGGUGGGGACCAAUUGUUGCGGCUCCCUGUGUCGGCGGGUCAGGGGGGUGGUAAUUCACUGGGACUGUAGACGGUAGAAUAAGUGGUCAUUCGUGCUGCAGGGGGUCAGAAGUCAGAGCGUCAACGUUGAGGGUGUUUAUGAUUGCAUUUGUGGUUCGAGCUGUCCGGGGGUGGGGUAUAGAGACAGUGAGAUUCUACACGGCGCAGCAUGGACUAGCGGAUGAAUGCAAUACACUGAUAAUGGAGGAAUUGCAAGAAAUCCAGUUUCUAAUAACGGUGCAGAAAGAUAGACGGCUUAGGUUCGUAAGGGAAGACCGGGAGCCUCAGUUGACACUUCCCUACGGUAAUGAGGGGAGACUAUUUUGGGUUCAUAAAAUUUAGCAGUGGAUAUGAGCAAUAUUGUAAACGUUACAAGCCACACUAGCGAAUGCAGAGAUAUAAUGUUUUGUGAGCGGACAUUUCGCGGUAUUGAUAAAUCUCAUAAGUAGAAGCUCUUCGAAAGCCGAAGUAUUCCAUGCUUCGAGUAUUAAGUAGUAAGAAGACGUAAUUUUCUCUCAAGUACGUAAAAGAAUGAAUAUUUUUAUGCAGGUUGUCAACGAAAUGUAAUUGCGAAUCUAACGGGCUCGAAAAUCAAUGGAAAAUUCUCAUGCUAUUUAGGUAGUCAUUUUUAUGAGUUAGGUAUUUGCAUACGGUCGGGAAUAGGUUCGUUUGAAUGCCGAAAUAUCGAGCUAAGUAUUAUAGAGUUAUAUAGCAGAAUGAUUAGUUUUAAAACACUUCUUAAGCUUUCUAUUGGAAACCACAACGCAAAUCGGAAUUUCGGUUAAUAUUUCAUGAGUUAGUAUACCUGCUGUACAGAUUGAAGGCACGUCUUUACUAGGUAAAUGGUUUCCGCCAACGCUAUGUCCAUCUUUCAUCAUCAUCCCUUGCAGACUCCGAUACCAUCCUAAUGGACGAUGAUAUUGUUCUACAACCAGUGCCUCUUCUGCCCCUGUUGAUGGCCUGGAUUCUCUGGUUUUGCAUCCUCUUCUUCAACGCCCUCUUCGUAGCCUACCUCAUCAAACAGAAUUCCCUCUACAGAAUAACCCAGAUGCUGGUUAUGAACAGAAGACGGACGGGUGAGACAAGACUAAACCGGGUGAGUGAAUACAUACCUCAUGCCGCACUGUAUGGAGAUAUUUAAAUUUUCAACCAGCGUAAUCACUCAUUUUGACCACGAACGACUCCUUUUCCAACAUAUUCUGACCAAUGUCGGCUGCCGACCGCCAUUUGCGGCACAGGGUGGGGAAAACCGCCCCGUGGAGCACGGGAAUAAGUCACUCUCGUAUUACAAAUGACCCUGCGGCUUGUUCCAGGGGGUUAGGUUAAGGGAUGGCGUUGGGCCUAGUAGAGUUAAUGUUGGUGUUAGAUCAGGGUGCCCAUUUAUAAUCUCCAGAUAAUUUUAGCUACCCGAGGCAGUUAUGCGACGGAGUUCUUAAGGCUAACAGUUUAAUGAAUCAUUAAGGGCGAAAUAGCAAAACGGUCGAGUUUACUUGCCGGUCCACUAACCAGUCCUUCUCGCUCUGUUGAGACUUUGUAUCAGAAUUUUAUUUGUUUUUUUCUGCCCUCUGUGUUGCGGUGAUGAAUUCCGAUUCAGUCAAGAAUGGAAGUCCGAGCACUACGCGAUAGGAUGUCAUGCGUAAUGAACCAGUAAGAUGUAACGUUAAUCCCAUUCCUUUAUAACGUUUACAAAAUAAAUACAACAAGCAAAGUCGCGGAAUGGUCCUGUCCAACUUUUACUUAUAAAACUUGAGAAGAUACUACCGGAGGAAUUUCCGGCUAGAUCGCAGUUGGUAGCCAAGCCCCGUAUUACAGGUGGCUGGUGGGUUUGUUUAAUGGGGCUAUUUAGUGGGGUUCCAUAAUUCAAUCUGACCCAUUUGGCUUCCGUUUUACGGUUAAGGUUAGGAUUAGGGUACCGGUUAAUGGUUUCCGAUUGUCGGGUUAGGGUUAUGCCUUUAGGCUUAGGUUUUCGGCUUACGGUUAGGGCUUGAACGUGCGAUUAGGUUUCAGUAUUCUGGUUAGGUUUUUCAGUUACGCAUAUGUCUAAGUGCUACGGCUACGUUUAUGAUUUCGGUUAGGGUUACAGUUGCCGUUUGGGUUAACGGCUAACGUUUAAGCUUGAGAUAAGGCUUAAGGUUAAGGUUAGGAUUAGGUUUAGGACCGCCGUUCGCGUCCCCCUUCCUGGCUACCAACUGCGAUCUAGCCGAAUUUCCUCCUGGUGCCACGUCUGGCUGUCUUAUUAAAAGUUCCAUCCCCACACACCAGGGCAACACGUCAGGUAGUCCACAAGCUGUAAAAAAUCCCACAGAUCGCACCCUCUUGAAACAUAGGAUGGCAGUAGAGUCGGAAAAACCGACCCAUAUUACGGCUGGCCGUGUGUUAAAUUUCAAAGUGACUGGGUGAGUGAUGGAGGUCGGUUUAGUAGGGUUAGUGGUAGUAUUAGGAAUAUUGUUGGGUUGGGGCUCAAGUUUGAAUGUGGGGUGAGAGAAUAGGUACUCUUCUGAAAUUUAGCGCAAGGCCGCGUCUAAUCGCCGACGCGUCAUUCCUUCCGCUUUCCUUGUUUUUCUGUCCCACACGGAUUGCAGGUACGGACUGACUAUCGACCGACUAAGUAUCCACACCGAGUUGUCUCCUGAUGCAGUUUCAUUUUUUCUUAGAUCAGAAUUUGUAGAAGACUUACAUACAUUUGAGCACGUCUACAAAAUAAAAAGACAUACUAGGUGGCAUGACUUCUGACUUUCUGAAAUGUGAUACCAGUUAAAAAGGAUUGCUUUGGUGGGGUUGCACUAUUAACUACUAUGCAGCAUAAUCGGAGAAUUCUUCAGUCACGCCAAAAGGUCGGCUGCCGACCGUCGUGUACGGCACAGGGUGGGGAAAACCGACCCCGUGCGGCACGGGAAUAAGUCCAUUUCGUUUUACAGGUGACAUGACGCCUUUUUCCAGGGGGUUAGGGUAAGCGAUGGAGUUGGGCCAAAUAGAGUAAAUGUUGGUAUUAGAUCAGGGUUUAAAUUUGGGGCACGCGGAUGGAAACACGUGCGGAUUUUAGCGCACGUCUGCCCGUAGUACGGGGGUCCUUAUUACCGCUCCCAACCAUUGACAUUUUUGGGAAGAGAAGUUCACGCGUUUCUUGGGGUCUAGGUAAAUAAGUCAGAAAUAACUGAUAAAUCUACGUAUGCGUCAUCACUCCCACUUCCCCUUUUCUCCUCGCCACUCGGAUUACAGAAACCCGGAUGACUAUUUUUAGACGAAGUCCCCUCACCGAGUUGCCUCAUUAUGAAGUCCCAUUUGUUAAAUCAGAAUUUGUAGAAGACUAACUUACAAUUGACGACGUGGCGUCUGAACUUCCUGUGUUAUUGAACCUUCAGCGAAUGGAAAAUCUGCUAUUUGUCUACAUCCGAAGAAGCGAACUGGACGGCCAGCUUUUCCGGCACCUGAGAUUGCUAAUUAACCUCUACAGCGGAUUUCUCGAGUUGGGCGACAGUUGAUUCCUACUCUGAACAAUGAACGUGAGUUCGAAAACCCCAAGUAGAAAGCAGUAUCGCUGGAUAGCUUAAGAAGACCCGUUGAAGGGAUAAUUGUUCCCAAAUGUGAUUGCAAACGUUACUAGGAUAUUGAUAAAAUCACGAGUUGGACUUCGUCAUUGUCCAACACUAAGGCAGUUCUUUAGACUCUUGUCGAUUUUAAAUGCAGCAAAAGUUUACAGACAUAAUGGAAAAAACCCUCAAAAUGAGCAUACUUGGUGAGGUUUCAGAACGGGUGCGCUGGAUGUGAUUUCAGUCCAAAAGGCUGCCGCUAUAUUCCUUAGUAUCACAAUGAUAUUUGAUGGGCGAAAUGCAGAGGGAUAUAGCGUUCGAUUUAACGGUAUUCUGCAGUACAUCCCCCAAACCGCUCGAAACUUGUUUUGUUGCCGCUCCUGGCUUGUUGCUGUGAGUCAGAGUUCCCCAGCAGUUUCCCGGAUGGUCUAGAAGCAUCAGUCAUCCCACUGACCAGGUCGCCUUUGAGUAAAUUGCGUCCAAUUGAGACCCAGCCUGUGUAUUUGUACGGGAAUCCGCGAAAAAGAUAGACAAACUGCAUGUCUGUCUUCAUUUGGUCCUUACUCCGCAAGGCUGGUGUUAAAGUGAUGUCUGCUCAGUGGGCAAUUGCGAUGUCAAAUUCUGUGUAAAGCUGUUCUGUGAACUCGGAAAUAUGUUUGAAGCACCAGAAAUUACAUUAGUCCUGGUGGACAUUUUCUUUCUAUUAUUUUUUGAUAAGCAGAAAAGUAAGGCAUCCCAAAUGCUUUUUGAUGACCACGAUGGCGGGCUGCUGAUGGAGCCUGUAAAUUCAGGCAAAGGCGAGGUGACUCUGAAGUUCGGUCUCUUCGCCAUCUUUUUAGCAUAACUUCAUUUUGUGAAAUGUAAUAGUUUAUUUUAGUAGAUAUCAAAGUAUAUGAAACAAGGCGAACAGUAUUUUUCUUUUUCUAUAGAAGAAAGAAAUCCGGUUGAAACUCCUCGAACACCUCCGUGGUGUUCUUGAACAUGGAGAAAGUCUUGAGUGCGUAAGUCACUUGACGAUUCGCUACAUUGCAUUCUACGCUUCGAUAUCAGGUGAAUCGCCUGGCCAACAUUAAUUAAUAUGGGCACUGAGCGUCUGAAAAUCUCAAGCCUUAAAUCAUAUGGUAAGACAUUGAUCAAAAAAAUCCUCCACGGAGAGCAUAACGCACUGGCCACAGCAACCCAUGGCAUGCGUCAAAAAACGAGAAACUUCGACUCAGAUCUUGAGGAAAUGUGUCCAUUAAAAUAUGGUUGAUUCCUGGCCUGUAGUUGAAUAUCCCCACCCACCUGCCCGGCCCAAUGUGUUGGUUUUAGUUGUGAAUAAUUCCCUUCUCGUGAUCUACACUCGCAUCCAAGACGCUUAUAUAAAUUAAGCUAUUUUUGGCAAAUUUUGACGACAAAGGCUGAAACGCUUGGAUUGUCCGGCGCUCAACUAACUCGGCGUUCAAUUCUCAGCUGCGCGAUCUCCGAUAUUGACUAACAAACUACGUCUUUUUUAAAAAAUUGGCACAUAAGAAUUGCCCAGAAUACAGAAAGUGCUAAUUAAUUUUUGGAAGGAACUAAUAAGUCUACGUUUUGAACCUCAGCAGUUUUUAUUCUUUUAGCGAGCGUUCGUCAUGGAGGUAGGUCACGUAAGUUCCCUCCAUCUAAAUAUAAUCUUGCAUUAUGUGUUUGGACGGAGUGUCACUGUUUGAUUGUAAACUCGUCAAGAGUCACAAUUACAAUGUAAUGGCUUGUUAACGUGAUUUUUACAUGAUUCGACCUGUCCUAACGGCAGACCAUGAAUGGAGCGCGUCCCAUUGAGUCUAAGUGGCGCUUUCAGAGAUUCCACGGACUGUUGAUUUACCGUUUUGGAAAAGGCAGGACGGAACACACGCAAGUGAACACAAUAUGGCCAAUUAAUUAAGUUGGUAGUUGUGAGGUCAUUUCUCUACAACUUCUUCUUUAUAGAAAACAAGAUUCAAAUCGUUAAAUCGUUUUUCUUCUAUCAUUCCGUCUUCAAAAUCCACGUGCUGGAUGCGGUAUUUGACCAGAGAAAACCGCACUUAUUUGCAGUCCAAUAAUGCUUUUGCAGUGUUUACUAAGGCGAUAUUCCGGCCUAUCUAAGGAGCGUUAAAAUUCUCCGCAGCGUAAUAACUUUUCUAGCUUUCAUCUCAAUUUAUGCGAACUUAGCAAUUCUACAUCAGCGCUUUCACUUGAGCAAGAAGGCCGUUCGGAUAUGGACUGGUAGUCCCACCUGAUAUAAAAAAACCUCAUUCACCUCUAAUAAGGAGCCGGUGGUGAUGGCUUUUUUUACAGCUGCAGCCGGGAAACACACAGGCGACAAGGUCAAGUAGUUAUAUGCAAAAUAAUAGCUAUUGGGAGUGCGUGAUUGCACCUUUUUUGGUUGAAAAAUAGUUGAGCUAAACCCUAACCUUAGCCCCAAACUAUAACCCCUAAUCCUAAACCCCAACACCUAACCCUAACCUUUAACCCUAACGCUCGAAAUGUAACCCUUACCGUAAACCCUAGCCAUAAUCCCUAACCCUAACGCCUGACCCAAGCACUUAACCCUAACCUCAACAGUAUUGUGUCCAUCAUAUAGGGCCACCAAACCACAUCUUACCCGAAGGCCGAUAUAAAACGCAUAGGCUUAGAAACCACGACCGUUUGAUUUUAAUCCAGUAUGAUGUAAUUUCAUGGGUCUGGAUAUUUCUCGCCAACAGCAGGAAAUUUUGUUGCGUAUCGUAAUGCCUCUGCCUUCGCCUCUGCCUUGAAAUCCAUCACGACGUAGUAUUUGCUAGUCGCCAAUACCGAUCUUCAUUAUAUUUUUCAACAGCUAACCAGGCAUCUAUACAUGCAAUUACGUGAGAUGUCUGCCAAAAGUCCACCAAUUUAACUUAUGCACCUCGUCGAACGCACCCUGGCAUCUAGCGAAGUAGACUUCUAAACAGCGACCAUUAUUGCUGUUGCAGCCUCCCAGUUCAGUAGUUUUUUGCUAUCUUGGCUGUCAGCAUGACUGCCUUCAGCCAAAGCAAUCUUCGUUUGACCGCAACUAUGCGGUCAGCCUCUCAUUCUAAAUUCUUUGUGGCCUCUAGGCCUUGGCGUUUUCAAUUCCCUUAUCACUUGUCUCAUUUCAUUUUUGAUUGAAAAUCCACUUGAAAUGGAGACGACAUGCGUAACCCACAGAUGUGGUCUUAUUUGAAUCACGAUCUGUGUUUGUGCUUCGGUUUCUACGACGACUUUGACGGCCGUGAUCCCAGUUUGCACCAGACGCUGGCUGAGUAUUUCCUAUGCAAUAUGGUUUUUGAAUGCUGACUGAGACAGUGUCCCUUAGAAAAGUUCUAGCAUAUUCUUAAUGAAGAACUACAUCAUGCUUCGCUUUCUCUCGGAGAAAUGUUCACCGUGACUCUGGUAAUCCUUAUGUUACUAUUCUCUGCUUGCGAGCGGACGGAACGCUUGCUUCGGUCGCACCCCGGUUUCCAAUUAAUCUAGCAUUAGAUUUCAGUUCUAAUUUUAACUAGCUCCUGAUGAACUGGCUACAGGGCGUGUGGUUGCCAAAUCCGUGAAUGAUUUUGUUCUCUUCGUGCAGAUAGUAUUUUCUACCAGCCAUCGUCUCUGGCGAUGGGUUCGAUCAGGGAUCUAAAACGUCAGGCGAAGCGACCGUGUCUCCUUCCUCACGACUGAUUCAGGGGGACUCGUUUCUUUGUUUCUAUUAGUAUUUUCUUCUAUUUCGCUCUUUCGAACGCUGCAAAAACCAGUGUACGUUUCACUGAACGUCUUCCAUUUUUAUAUUCCGCCUUAGUUGUCCCUCAAACGGAGCGCCGAUGCCUAUUUCAUGCGGCACAAGUUUAGGCAUACGUUAGUCUUGUCUUAGGCCUCUGCCAGUCGCUGCCUGCUGGUUCAUGCGCAAGCGGUCUCAGCAGGCCCUGGUCUUGUCGACUGCACAGAAGUAGACGAAUUUGUUGCAUCAACGUUACUCCACCAGACUUUAGACCUUAUCCCUGAAAAUUCUGGACUUUGUUCUAACGACUUUGUUCUCCGUUUCUUCUCAUCUCGCAAUUGGAUAUGGUCUUACUUUCUUUAGCACGUGCGUCUUCUUAUUGUCCAGCAGUUUCUAAGCUUUGUGUAUAAACAUCAGGGAACUUAACCAUGUUGAGCAUAAUCAGCCUCGCUACUAUUUCUGCUAGGAGAUCGUGUCUUCCGCCUUAGCUUCUAACUUGCAUGGCGAGAUCUACAUAAUCCUCACAUGGCGCAUGCCCAAUGCUAGUCUCUCGUCUUUUCGAGCUUUUUGCUGAAGUUCCAGUACGCUCGUCGACAAAUCUCUUUUUCUCCCUGCAGAUGUAGGUCACAUGCGCCUAAGUUGCCCGUGCUUCUCGUGGCCGUAAGAGACUUCGUAAAUAUCUAAGACUACACUGUAAUCCUCGUACAUAAAUAAAGACAAACUUAAAAAUCAAACUUUAUCGCAACACCUCCUUAAAUUAUUUGAGCAGUAAGUCUCCGACGUGAUUUCAAGGAGAGAAAAUGACUAAUUGGGCUUGUAAUUCCUCCAGGAAUAACGUCCGGAAUUGGUAGAAUCCGUACAGCAGAGCAAUUUAAAAACCAAAAAGUACCAUCCCGCGUCCAUACAGAUAUUUCUGAUGAUCGGAUAAUAUGCGAUCUAGCAACAGAUUAUUUCAAAACAAGGUGCUUCCUACGCCAAAGUAGUAAACAGGGUUUUAAGAGCUCGAGAAACCUGCAAUGUAAUACCGCCAGAAGAUGUUGCCAAUCACUGACAUACUGGAAAUCACUUGCUUCCUCAGUAACCCCGACAAUCUGAACGAAGUAUAAGUAUGAUGGAGCGGUCACAUUGUGAAGAUUGGUGACGAGCGCCAUCAUAGGCGACUAUUCUACGGCGUCGCAUCCACGGGUAUCGCUACAAGAAAAUUUUGAAGGCCUCACUCAGGCACGCGUAAAUCAAUUCAUUGGUGGUGUUGGUGGUGGUGGUGGUGGUGGUGGUGGUGGUGGUGAUUGUAUUGGUGGCGGCGGUUGACAGUAAGGGUUCAGGAGUGUCGUCGUUGUUAGUUGUCGACGUAGGUUGCGAAGCAGAGUUGGAUGGGGAGAUAUCAGAUGGUGUCGUCCAGAUGCUGCAGUCGAUUCGAAGAUGUCCAAUAAGAUACUGGAAAUAACUUGCUUCUCCCGUAACGUCGGCAAUCCGAGCGAAAUAUAAACUCGAUGAAGCGGUCACAUUGUGAAGAUUGGUGACGAGCGCCUUCAUAGGCGACUAUUCUGCGGCGUCACAUCCACGGGUAUCGCUACAAGGAAAUCUUGAGGACCUCACUAGGGCACGCGUGAAUCAACUCGGACACAUGAGGCAACCUCAAUCAGGAUCGAUAGACAUUUGUGUGCUGUCAAAAGUCGGGAGCGAUCAUCGUUGGAGCCAAACGAAUAGCCGCUGCCUAGGCAAAGAGAGAGUCCCCAAAGACCCAAAUGCUACAGACCUUUGUGUCCACACUGUCAACAGAUAAGUCUCGCUGGAAGUCUACGCAUCCGGUUGACUGCCAACACGAGCAUCCUUGAUCUCUUCUCGCAACACGCCACCGCUGGCAACACCACUCAAAUUGCACUUACUCAUUUGAGAACCUACCACACUGAGACCGGUGAAUUACUGCUUAGAAGCGUGGUAUACACCCGUCAUACAGGUCUCAUCUGCUUGGACUGUCCCGAGACCUUCCGACAUCGUGUGGUCCCUAUUGGUCAUACGCGCUUGCAUGACAACGAAAUUCACCAAAACGUCAUACCAAGAAACAUACCUUACAUACCUACUAGCUAUUCUGCCACCGACAUCCUCCCGGUUAGUUGAAACGCCACACAGUGCACAAAACGCAUUCAUAUUCUCUUUAAACUGUCACCACACAGCUAAAUCACACACUGGCCUGGUUGAACUCAAGGGGACCUAACACGCUAGGGCUCACGUACCAGUGCAGCCAAUCCCAAUAUGCACUCGUCGCACCCGCUUCAAAUGCCUGGACUAUUAAUGACCAUUCGGCCAUCGCAUGGGCUCAUUCGACUUCGUACACGCCCACAUGAAUUAUUGAUAAAGCGCACUCUAGAACCCAUAAUCCCGCCCUACACAACCGGUCCACUCACGCAACACUAGCCUACGCAUGAAUCUUUUCCUCACCACAUGCCGCCACUCGUAACAAUCAUAUUGCUUUCUGACAGCAACCAUGGGAUGCUUUUCGUUGUGGCUGUCCUGACCGGCGCAACUGGCUCCGAUGAAUUAAGCAAGUCUGCCAAGAACCUCCAUUAAUAUCGCGAAAUUCUUUAUCAGUGAUGCCGCAAAUCGUCAGUGAUUGCGAAAUUGGGCUGUUAGGACGCCACUUGAUUAGGGGAGACCAAAAUUACCAACAGGUUAAAACUGCAGUCAUGCAUUUAAAGAAGACCACUGAGAUUUUUGAGGCCUCGGUGGUCAGUUAGCUGGCUGUAACGGCGCGGAAGUCGCAGUCCAUUUGGACAGUGAUUUAUCAUCCAAUUACUGAGGACGGAUACUGACGCCGAUACCUGCCUGCUGGCGAACGCAAAGGAGGUCGACAGUCGACCAGAUAUUGUUCACUUGAAUGAGAUCAAUGCAGCCGGUAUUCAGUGGAGCAGUAUGCAGGCGAGGUGCUUGAAGUUUGCCUUCGAUCACCGUCUUCUAAAGACAACACUUGAAGCCAUCCUCACACAAGAUGUCCUAGUUACAACAGAUUUGGGCGGUGGGUAGCAGGCUAGUUAUGCAAAUUUCGUCAUUACAAAAGGAUCCUGACAGGGUAGACUGGGUUUACUGUCUAUCAAGGAAUCGAGUCCUGGAACGUCUACUCCAUGGUCAAUAACUUCCAUCUCAGCUGCUUUCGCAGAAUACUAAAGCUGAGAUGACAAGACAGGAUCCCCGACACGGAAGCCCCAGAACGGACUGGAAUUCUAGGCAUUCGCGUUAUGUCAAGGCAACUACAACUUCGCUGGGUGAUGUCGUCAGGACUACUUGUUGAAAAAGAGGAUAUUUUAAAGAACGCCCUGAAACGACUGUAGAUCAACCCGAAGACCUGGCCGAAUCUCGCCUACAACAGGACGACAUGCAGAAAAGAAGUGCAAACCGUUACAGUUAUCUACGAAGCAAGUCGGGCUGCCGCCGCCAAAACCAAAGGGGAGGCUUGCAAAUAACAUGUGCCCUGACUCCUGAAUGCCAACAGCCAGUCGUUUCCUACAUGUCCGCGCUGUCAACACAUAUUCCGCGCGUGAAUCGGUCUUGUAGGACAUAUUCGGACGCGAUCCCUCAAUAACUCGUCGAAGUAAACUCCUCCUACUCUCGCCCCUGCAGAAAACCCCUCGCCGACCUCCACUCCCGCCUUUGAUGAUGUCCGCAGCCCCAUCAUCUGUUACCAUCACCAUUAGCAUCCUCACCCCCAGCGACUUGGACUCGGUUAAAAUCUGUUCUCAUUACGGUCACGCAUUCACCUCACACACCGGCCUGCUCGGUCACCCGCUAAUCCAUCGCACGGAGACUGGCGCGCCAGUUCCUGGAGCACCAACAUACACCAAACUCAUUUGCUCCCACUGCCCGCAUGGCCUCGCCAUUCAGCCGCCGCCUAGGCCUACUAGUUCAUACGCGGUGGACACCUGCGUUGACAACAGCCGGCUACGCCACACCAUCACGCCUCUACCCACCGACACCUGCAACACACACCAAAAUCAUGAAUCAUCACACAACAAAAACACGCAAUUGGCACCUCUCAUGCAAGUGGGAAAUGUGCUCCUCGGCACCUUCUCCAUAUGUCUCCUCUGCUGCAUACGUGAUUCGAGGCUGAGAGAAUGA